UGCUCCAGCCCAUGCCAAAACAGCUGGUCUUCCCUACUGUGGGCUGCCCUUGGGAGCAGCUGGAAGCUGGGCCACCAGGAUCUCUUCCCAAGCUGGGUGUCCCAGGCUGCUGGUCCCUGCUCCCAGCUCUGCUGGGUGAGGGCUGGCAGUGCCCUGGGGUUGGGAGAGCAGGGGAGACGUCGGGGCUGUUUAACCAUUAAACCUGGGGCGUCUUGGAAGAGGCGGGGACACUGGCUUCCCUGCCACUUCACCCUGUACCUUGCUCCCUCUUGCAUUCCCUGCAGCCAUGAAGCAAACAAAAGGUAUGUGCCAGGGCAGCGGGGCUUCGUCCUGCAGAGACCCUUCCCCAAAUGCACGUCUCCAGGCCCUGCUUCUGCGUGGAGCAAGGCAACGUCAGAGCCCAGGCAGGCCACAGAAAGGAGCUGGAGGCGUCCAGGAAAAUGCAGAUGGAAAUUGUGGGGGCACUUGGUGGGAAUCUCCUCUCCUUGGGUUUGGGCGUCCUUGUGCUGGAAGAGGUGGGGAGGGGUUUUAUGGGAAGGUGCGCAGGGGAAGGUCUCUGGCUCCAUCUCCUGGCUCCAGCCAGCUCUCUGGGGCCCUGGUGACCCUUCCCAUCCCUCACUCAAAAGCCCUGUAAACCCCCAGGACUACCCACCAUCUGCAUAAUGCUGCCUGGCCCUGCUUUGCCCCUGGUGUUGCAGGACCCUGCUGGGCUGGGCAGCAGGUGCCCAUUGGACCCAAGCAGAUGUCCUGCUGCUUUGAAACCCAAGAGGACACUGGUGAUGGGGUCAAGAGCCAAGCUGUGCCUGGACGCAGGCUGUAGCUGGGGGACAGAGGGGCUGGGGGGGCUGCGCGGACUCGGCAAGCAUCUCCGCUGGCAUGGCAUGCUCAGCCUGCAAAUGGACAAGCCCCUAGUGCAUGAGCGCAGGGUGUCUGCUCCUGGCCCGCCACCUCCUGCACUGACCUCUCCUCUCCCUCUGCAGGGCUCGAGGGUGACAAGAAGUCUAUCAUGUAAGUGCUGAGCCCCCCUUCCCUGGCUGGGGGCUUCCCGGGGCUCAUGGCCCCACAGCUGGGAUGUACUGGGGCACAUCCUCAGCUGAGGUGGUGUGGGUCACAGCUGCCAGUCCCUGCUGCCUGCCCCAGGAAGGUCUUUCCUGAGCUGUUGGCUCGGGUGGGAUGUGGGGCACAGUCCGAGAGGGAAAUCUCCUCCUGGCUUUCCCCAGGGAAGAGGAGGCACAGGAGCUGUGGUCCCCGCUGGCCCUUUCUGGGGGGAACGGGGCUCCCCAUGGCGAGGCUGGGGAGGGUGGUGGGAAGGCCAUGGUGCUGUGCUGACAUCGCCUCUUCUGCCCUUUAUCGUUUCAGAAAAUUUGAAUUUAAUCCCAAAGACGGGAUCGACAACCCUGCCCUGACGCUGACCGAGGACACGGAUGGUGAGGGCAAGGGGGAGCCCCGCUUCUACCUCCUGAGCAAGGGCAGCACGGAGACCUUCGGCUUCUGCCUCAACGAGGAGCUGGGCUGCCGGGGCCAUGUCAUCCGACAGGUCGAGGUCGGGGGUCUGGCCCAGCGCAGGGGGCUGCAGGAUGGGGACCGGCUCCUCCAGGUCAACGGCCACUUCGUGGAUCACAUGGAACACCACAGGGUGGUGCAGAAGAUCAAAUCCAGCGGGAAUCAAGUCCUACUAGCUGUGCUGGAUGGAGACUCCUAUGAAGCAGCCAAAGCCCUGGGCAGGGACCUGUCCCAGAUGCUGCCAGCUGACAUCCGCCCGCGCCUCUGCCACAUCACACGGGACAAAAGUGGUUUUGGCUUCAGUGUGUCGGGUCCAGAAGGCACGAAGGGCACCUUCCAGCUGGCAGUGCAGCAGGAUGGGCCAGCAGAGAGGGCAGGGGUGCCACCAGGCUCCUGGCUCCUGGAGCUGAACGGGGCCAGUGUGAGGAGCUACUCGCAUGCACAGCUCACCAGAAAGCUGAAGCAGAGCGGCACCAAGGUGACGCUGCUGGUGGCGUCCAGUGCUGUGGAGGAGUUUUACCGCCUGCGGGGCUUGCGGGUCACAGCUGCUUUGGCAGACACCUCCUGGCUCCCCUUCAAGGUCCGAGAGCUGCACAUGGUGAAGGGUCCGGCGGGCUACGGGUUCCUGCUCAAGGAGGAUGACUGCAGCUCAGGGGCCACAGGCCAGUUCCUGUGGGAUGUGGAUGCAGGGCUGCCGGCUGAGCAGGCAGGGAUGAAGGAAGGGGACCGACUCCUGGCUGUGAAUGGUGAGAGCAUCGAGGGGCUGGACCACCAGCAGACAGUGCUCAGGAUCCGUGCCCAUGACGACCAGGUGACACUGCUGGUCAUCGACCCUGCUGGUGAUGAGUUCUACCACUCGAUUGGGCUGUCCCCUCUGCUGUCCUUUGAGGACACUGACCCUGCCUCAGGCUCCCGCACGCCCUCCCUGCCCUCUCCCCGUGGCUCUCCUGGACUCUGUCACAUUGAGGUGGGACCAAAGGGACCUGGCUCCUGGCUGGUGGCUGCUGCCAACAGUAUAGGGAUCACACAGAGUCCGCGCCGGGAGGAGCAGAGGAGGCUGCACCAGGCGUUCUAGCAGCCCAGGACCACCUGCCUCCGGGCAGGCUUGCCCCCCAGCGCCUCAAUCCAGGCCACAUCCAGCCCGUUGGUGUCCCCUGCCCAGCUCCCCGGCCAGCACAGGGCUGCUCAGCACCGCCGUGGCACGCACAGCUGCUGCGCCUCCAUGCCCGCGAUGGGGUUUGCAGCAUCACACCUCCCAGACUCAUCUCCACCGGCCAAGGCUGGCUCCAAGCUUUUAUUAACUGUCGUGGCGGCUUCUUGCAACCUGAAGAGAGACCUGUGUCUUUGCCUGCCCAGCUGCCCCCAGGGGUAUCUGUCUGGGGACAUGGUACCGAAGCUCUUGCCCAGCUCCAGACUCUGGGAGCUCCCAGGAGAGCCAAGGCACUGCCCUCCACACCAUGACCCAGCGGACUGGGAACCCUGAGGCCUGGCUCAGCCCAGGGCUGGCCUUUGGGCCACUGUGUGAAGGGGACAGGGAGCAGUGGUGGCUGAUGGGGCUCUGGAGGAACUUCCCACCUCUCAGCCUGUUGGCACACGUCUCCCCCCGCAUGGACAUCUUUCUCGUGCUCCUCCUCUCAUCCUCCCUGUGGAACCUGGGGACGAUGAAUGUCUGCCACCCAUCACAGCACUGUUCCUGCGGCACCCACUUGGGGUGUAAUUAAAGGACAAAUCCACACCGCUA